UUUGAAAACUGCUUACCCCCCCCCCCCCUCACUGCCUCGACGCUUCUCUUUCCUAGGGUUUCGUUUGUGCGGUUCGUUUUACUCUGCAAUCCGCAAGGUUGAAGCUGAAAAUCCGCCGCCGAUUAGACGAUGAGCGCCGUGAAUUUGAAGAACGUCGCCGUUUUGGACAAUCCGGCUCCGUUCGUCAGCCCCUUCCAAUUCGAAAUCUCGUACGAGUGCUUGUCUCCCCUCAAAGACGAUUUGGAAUGGAAGCUAAUCUACGUGGGAUCAGCCGAGGAUGAAACUUACGACCAAGUUUUAGAAAGUGUGCUUGUCGGCCCUGUCAAUGUUGGUAAUUACCGUUUCGUUUUUCAGGCCGAUUCUCCAGACCCGUCGAAAAUCCGUGAGGAAGAUAUUAUCGGAGUUACAGUGCUACUCCUAACUUGCUCCUACCAGGGGCAAGAGUUCAUUCGAGUAGGAUAUUACGUGAAUAAUGAUUACGAGGAUGAGCAGCUAAAAGAAGAGCCGCCUCAGAAGGUUUUAGUCGAUAAGGUCCAAAGAAAUAUUCUAGCAGAUAAACCGAGAGUGACUAAGUUUCCAAUUAAUUUCAGUCCAGAGGAGAACGAAAACGGAGAACAACCUUGUCCAUCACCGGAGAAUGUUGCUACUGAAAUCAACGCUCAAGGGGACGAGCCGCCUUGCUCCAACUUCUCUUCUGUCGAGUGUUCUUAAAUUCCAGACAUCAGGGUUGGUUUUCGGUUUUUUUAUUUUAUUUUAUUUUAUUUUUUUGUCUUGAAAGUUUGCAUGCAAAUGAUGUGAAUGUAUGAACAUUUAGAAGUUUAAGUGUCUUGCAAAAGAAAAUGCAGUGGCUUCUCG